AUGUUCUAUGACCGCUACGUUGCCAUCUGCAAGCCCCUGCACUAUGGGACCUUGAUGGACAACGGAGCUUGUGCCACCAUGGCAGCAGCUGCCUGGGGCGCUGGGGUACUCAAUUCCCUGCUGCACACUGCCAGUACGUUUUCACUGCCUCUCUGCCAUGGGAAUGUUGUGAAUCAGUUUUUCUGUGAAAUCCCCCAGAUCCUCAAGCUCUCCUGCUCAGCAUCCUACCUCAGGGAAGUUGUGGUUAUCAUUUUUAAUUCCUGUUUAUUCUUUGGGUGUUUUGUUUUCAUAGUUGUGUCCUAUUUGCAGAUCUUCAUGGUCAUGCUGAGGAUGCCCUCUGAGCAGGGACGGCACAAAGCCUUCUCCACGUACCUCCCAAACCUGGCCAUGGUCUCCCUCUUUCUCAGCACUGCCUUUUUUGCCUAUCUGAAGCCCCCGUCCGAUUUCUCCCCAUCCAUGGACCUGAUGGUGGCAGUUCUGUACUCAGUGGUGCCUCCAGCACUGAACCCCAUCAUCUACAGCAUGAGGAACCAGGAAGUUAAGGAUGCAGUGAGGAAAGUGAUAACCAGAUGUGUUUCAAAAACAUUGAAGUGCCCAUCUUUUGGAAUUCAUGACAUAUAAUGCAGCUUUUUACUGAUGCAGACUCUUUGUUUUGUUUUGAUCAGUUUUUAUAAGCAUAGUGUAUUAAAUCUUAUUCUUAUUUUAAAACACUGUAAUGCUUUUCACUGAAAUGUUAUUAUUCAAAUUAAUUCCUCUUCAGUUUGUACCUUUGUAGUGUA